AUGGACUAUACGCACCUCAUGAUACUGAUCUGGUCUCUAUGGGCCGCAUCACUUCUACUCACUGUUAUGAGGGGCAUCACGCGAUGGCACUCACAACGCCAGAUUUUUGCUGAUGACUACUUUGUCUUUGGUGGCAUACUGUCCUUGACGGGUCUCACAGCCGUGAUCACUCGCCUUCUGCCGCAAUUCUAUCUAGCCGGAGCGUACGCUGCUGCAGUGAUGCAAGACCCAACCACACCCAUGCCGUUACCUCCGGACGUGUUCAUUGCUAGAACACAGACAUCUCUCAAACUCAUGUUCAGCCAGAUGUUACUCUUCUGGACCACGUUAUGGGCUGCCAAGUUUUCGAUCCUUUUCUUCUUUCGCCGCCUCUUGAAUGGGCUACCCAAGUACAUCAAGGCGUGGUGGGGCUGCUUUGCUGUGGUUCUACUGCUAUACUUGGCUUGCAUGUUGUCCAACUUUCUGACCUGCAAACCACUAGCAAAGUAUUGGAGUUCCACUGGUUGCAGUGACCCAGAAGAUCUCGUUCGAGCAGACGCGUCCAUCAAAUUUGCAACCAGCGCGGAUGUAGUCGCAGACGCCAUCGUCAUGAUUCUACCCCUCAAUAUCCUCCGCAAACUACAAAUCAACGCACGACAAAAGUUCGGUCUCGCCAUGAUCUUCUCACUCGGAAUCAUCAUCAUAGCUUUCGCUCUCGCCCGCCUCGCCCAAGUCACAAAGGCAACUUCCAACGCUACUAAAGACCCUGCCACGGUUGCGGACGCUCCAGUGCUCCUGAGCAUGUGGAGUCAUAUCGAGUCGUCCGUCUCUAUCAUCGUUGCGACGUUACCUGCUUUUCGCUACUUACUGAACGUCAAGAUCGGCCGUACACAAGGCAGAUCAAAUACCCGCGAGCGGAGUGGUGGAAAAACAACAAGCCAGGUAGCUGGUCAAAGCAGGACCCGACGUGUCUUGAGCGGUCAAUGGGGCGGCAGUUUGAAUACAAGCAUGUCGCAAAAGGGCAGUGUGACAGAAAAUGAUUGGGGCAGCGAGACGGAGCUCAGACCCAUCCAAGGCAUCGAGAAGCGUGUAGAAUAUUCGAGUACCAGUGGGCGUCGAACAUCUACAAGUGAAGAUCUACGUUCAGAAUCUCGAGCCUGA